AUGUUUGCAUUUGUAUCAAUGAGCCUAUUUUUAAAUGCAGUUCUUACAAACAAAUGAAUUUUUAAUCUGAUGAUGCUAAAGCAUAUGUACAUUUGGCAUAUUCAUCCAUAUCUAUCUAGCAGUUACUCACAGAUUAAUUUUGCUCAUUUCAUAUAUGCAAUUCUAUUUCUCGUAUAUUUUUGUAAUAAAGGUUUUUUUAAUAAACAAAAAAUUUCGGGUCCAAUGAUCGUGUACUUUAAUAGCGGUCAGAAAUUUUUAAAUAGUAUAAAAUUGGCCCAAAUUUUAAGGUUUUUUUGGUCAAAUGUCUCACUAUCAAAAAUGAUUCGAACAAAUUUUUCCUCUAGGAAAUGUCGCACUAGCAAAAAUGCAUGAUCAUUUGACAUGAAUCCAAAAUUUCUCUCGAAAGAUUUUUAUACCAAAAAGAAUUGGAAAAAUCAAAAAAUAAAUUAGGUACUAUAGCACAAUCAACAACAAAUGGGAUUAUCAUUUUGACAAAUAAUGAAAUAGUUUUCAAUAACUCAAGUAUCUUAGAACUGCUCAAUUGCGAUUUGCCUUCUUUGUUUUCAGUGAUAGAAAAACUGGAAUAUUGCCCUGAGAAAAAACUGGCGAGAUAUUCAAACUCAAACUUCUUAAUAGAUGAUGUUAUGCUAACAAUGGAAAAUAUAAACACUGAAGAAAUCUGUUUAGGAAUAACUAAACUAAAUGAUAUCAAUUUAGAAUGAAGAGCAAAAAAGAUAUUAUGAGAAGAAGUCCCUUCAUUAUUUUUAACAGCAAGAAAUGCAAAUCAGAUUAUUGAGCUUGAAAAAAAUAUAGCAAAUGAUAAAAUGAAGACAAUUUUACUAAGAUCAGUUUCUCAUGAACUGAAAACUCCUUUAAAUGCGAUAUUGCAUUUUACUAAUGAAAUCCUAGAAAAACAUAGAAGUAAACUUAAUAGUGAAGAUCUUCAGCAGCUUUCUAUGGUUGUUACUUCUUCAAAACUAAUGCUAUCGCUUAUAAACGACUUAUUGGACUACUCAAAAAUCCUAGCAGGUGUUUUUUCGAUCAGAAAAGUAUACACAAAUUUUAGAAAAAUAAUAUACAGCACCUGCGAGCUUAUUGAAAUCCAAGCAAAGCGCAAAGGUUUAUCUUAUUCAUGCCACAUUGAUCCAAAUGUCCCAGAAGAAAUUUAUACAGAUCCAUUAAGAUAUGGCCAAGUCCUCCUAAAUUUAUUAAGUAAUGCAUUGAAAUUUACUAUGAAAGGUGGCAUUGAAGUCCAUUUUUAUAUAGAUUGCAACAAUAAAUUAAAAUGCCAAGUCAAAGAUACAGGAAUUGGCAUACCUGAAAAAACAAUGCAAAAAAUUUUCACUGCAUUUAAUUCUCCUAAUAACCCGAAUUUAAAUCCUAAUGGAUCUGGCCUUGGGCUAUCUAUAUCAAAUUAUUUAGUAAAAGAACUAGGUGGAGACUCAAUCAAAGUAAAAUCCUCUGUUAGUAAAGGCUCUUUAUUUUGGUUCUCAAUUGAUAUUUUACAAGAAAAAAUACAAAUAGAAGACUGUGAAAGUGAGCCAGAUGAAAUUGAUGACUCUCUUUGCACAGUCAUGUCUAGAUAUAGCAGCUUUGAUAGCGGAUGCCAUUAUGAUAUAUUAAUUGUAGAUGACAAUGAAUUUAAUUUAGAAGUCUUAGGAUCUGUCCUCACAAAAUAUAAUGUCAAAUUUGCUGAAGCUUCUGGAGGGAGAGAUGCAAUUGAAAAAAUCAAGCUUCAAGACAAGUCACAUCAAUUCAAAGCAGUCAUUAUGGAUUGCAACAUGCCUGAAUUAGAUGGGUUGGAAACCACAAAAGAAUUAUGUUCAAUGUAUAAACAAGGUAAAUUAAGAAAAAUACCUUAUGUGAUAGGGUAUUCCGCUUAUAGCUCUGAUGAAGAUAGACAGCUUUCAUUGGCUUCUGGGAUGAUGGACUAUUUAAUGAAGCCAUGCCCUCCAGAAGAAAUCAUUGCAACAAUAAAUAAAUAUCUAUAA